AUGGCAGGGAUUCCAGUCUCGUUCGCCAGUGGCCUCUACGAUCGCCUUGUUCCUUUGGCCACAGGGGAGGUCCGGGCUUCCGGAGUGUCUCUCAACUUCAUUGAGAUCCAACAUCCCCGCGAAACAUUCGACCGGAUGGCGGGGCAUCACGAAUUCGAUGCCAGCGAAUUCUCCAGUUCAGAGUAUGUCACGCGGCACGCCGCUGGUGAUCGGUCCUUCAUAGCAAUCCCGGCCUUUCCCUCUCGAUGUUUCCGCCACAGCUUCAUCUUUGUCAACACGCACACGGUUAAGCGCCCUGAAGACCUCGCUGGCAAGACGAUUGGAGUGCCUUUGUACACCAUGACCGCCGCCGUUUGGAUUCGUGGUCUUCUCAUGCACCAGUACGGCGUAGACCUCGCGACCAUCAACUGGAUCGAGGGCAACGUCAACAAGGCCGGACCCUAUGGACAGCCAUCCGUGCUUCCCUCGCCGAAGUCCGUCAGCCUCGUGCCUAACAGAAGUUCCAAGUCCCUCAACGGGUUACUUGCAGAUGGUGUCAUCGAUGCAAUCAUUGGGCCUGACAUCCCAGAUUGUCUGAACUCCACGCCACAUGUUCGCAGGCUGUUUCCAGACUACCGCAAGGUGGAACAAGACUACUAUAAACAAACAGGCAUCUUCCCUAUUAUGCAUCUUGUUGUGGUCAGACGAGAGCUAUGGGGACGUCAUAAAUUCAUCACCACUUCCCUGUUUAACGCUCUCCAAGAUUCCAAAAGGUUGGCCAUGGAUCGGAUGAAGUAUCUGGGAACGCUUCGCUACAUGUUGCCAUGGUUGGCCCAGGAUCUGGAGGAGAUCAAGGAGACAUUCGGGGAUGACUGUUGGCCCUACGGUAUCGACUCAAAUCGAACAACCUUGGAAACUUUGGUUCAAUAUCUCUUUGAACAGGGCAUGAUUGAGAAGAAAAUGGACAUUGAAGAGUUGUUCGCGCCGAUGAAGGAAUCCAGAGUCCAAAAUAGCAAAACACAAUGA